ACAGCGGUCCCUCAUGUUCGCAGAGAGAGGACAGGGGAGGGACGACAGACUUGAGGCUUGAGAUUUGCUUAGCAUAGCAUCUGUUACAUGAGAUCGGAUCGGUAAGCUACAGAAAUGCUGCGACUGCGAGCGUUCCGGGCGACAAACGAGAAGGUCGUGAAGAUUGCGGUGCAUCCCACGCAUCCAUGGCUGGUCACCGCCGAUGCCUCCGAUCACGUCUCUGUUUGGAACUGGGAGCAUCGUCAGGUCAUCUACGAACUAAAAGCAGGUGGCGUCGACGAGAGGCGUCUCGUCGGAGCCAAACUGGAGAAACUGGCCGAGGGUGAACACGAGCCUAAAGGGAAGCCAACAGAGGCCAUGCGUGGAGGGAGUGUUAAGCAGGUGAACUUUUUUGAUGAUGAUGUGCGGUUUUGGCAACUUUGGCGUAAUCGCUCUGCAGCAGCAGAGUCUCCAUCAGCUGUUAAUCAUCUCACUUCAGCUUUUGCAUCUCCUGCUCCAUCGACCAAAGGAAGACAUUUCCUUGUCAUUUGUUGUGAAAAUAAGGCCAUAUUUUUGGAUUUGGUCACAAUGCGAGGCCGUGAUGUACCCAAACAGGAGCUUGACAACAGGUCACUUCUCUGUAUGGAGUUUCUAUCUAGAUCUGCUGCUAGUGACAGUCCUCUCGUUGCUUUUGGGGGAUCAGAUGGUGUCAUCAGGGUUCUUUCGAUGAUGACUUGGAAGCUUGUACGUAGGUACACUGGAGGGCAUAAAGGAUCAAUUAAUUGUUUGAUGACCUUCAUGGCUUCAUCUGGUGAGGCACUUCUUGUUUCGGGUGGGAGUGAUGGUUUACUGGUACUUUGGAGUGCAGACCAUGGUCAGGAUUCCCGAGAACUUGUACCCAAGUUGAGCUUGAAGGCACAUGAUGGAGGGGUUUUGGCUGUUGAGCUUUCUAGAGUAAUUGGGGGUGCCCCACAACUUAUUACAAUUGGUGCAGACAAGACAUUAGCUAUAUGGGACACUAUCUCUUUCAAGGAGCUGCGACGAAUUAAACCUGUUCCAAGACAAGCAUGCCACAGUGUCGCAUCAUGGUGCCAUCCUCGAGCUCCCAACCUCAACAUUUUGACUUGUGUCAAAGAUUCUUUUAUAUGGGCUAUUGAGCACCCAACUUAUUCUGCACUCACAAGGCCAUUGUGUGAUUUGUCUUCACUUGUCCCUCCCCAAGUGGUUGCACCAAACAAGAAACUUCGGGUUUAUUGCAUGGUUGCGCAUCCAUUACAGCCUCAUCUUGUUGCUACUGGAACCAACGUUGGUAUUAUUAUUAGUGAAUUUGAUGCCAGAUCUCUCCCACCUAUAUCUCCCCUUGCAACACCACCUGGAAGCCGAGAGCAUUCUGCUGUCUAUGUUGUUGGGAGGGAAUUGAAGUUACUAAGUUUUCAGUUGUCCAACACACCAAAUCCAUCGCUUGGAAAUAAUGCAUCUCUAUCUGAAGCAGGAAGAUUAAAGGGAGACUCUAUUGAAACAUUACAUGUGAAGCAGAUUAGAAAGCACAUUAGUACACCUGUUCCACAUGACUCUUAUUCCAUUCUUUCUGUAAGCUGUUCAGGAAAGUAUGUAGCAAUCGUCUGGCCUGAUAUUCCUUACUUCUCAAUCUACAAGGUCAGCGAUUGGUCAAUUGUUGAUUCAGGCAGUGCAAGGCUUCUGGCUUGGGAUACGUGUCGUGACAGAUUUGCUAUAUUAGAAUCUGCAUUACCUCCUAGAAUGCCCAUAAUUCCUAAGGGGAGUUCAUCAAAAAAAGCUAAAGAAGCAGCUGCAGCGGCAGCUCAGGCUGCAGCGGCUGCUACAGCUGCUUCUGCUAAUGUUCAAGUCCGUAUCUUGCUGGAUGAUGGAACAUCAAACAUAUUAAUGAGGUCCAUAGGCAGCCGAAGUGAGCCGGUCAUCGGCUUGCAUGGGGGGGCACUACUUGGCGUGGCUUACCGUACGUCUCGUAGAAUUGGCCCAGGUGCUGCUACAGCUAUAUCAACAAUCCAAUCUAUGCCCUUGUCAGGGUUUGGAAGUAGUGGUUCUUUUUCUACUUUUGAUGAUGGAUUUUCUCAGAGAUCUCCUUCAGAGGCAGCAACUCAGAACUUUCAGCUUUUCAGCUGGGAGACUUUUGAACCUGUUGGCGGCCUUCUUCCUCAGCCAGAAUGGACUGCAUGGGAUCAGACUGUUGAGUAUUGUGCUUUUGCUUAUCAGCAAUACCUUGUCAUCUCUUCCUUGCGUCCCCAAUAUAGAUACUUGGGAGAUGUAGCAAUUCCCUAUGCUACAGGAGCUGUUUGGCAACGGAGGCAGCUUUUUGUGGCAACACCAACCACUAUUGAGUGUGUUUUUGUGGAUGCUGGAGUUGCACCAAUUGAUAUAGAAACUAGAAAAAUGAAAGAAGAAAUGAAAAUUAAAGAGGCACAAGCAAGAGCAGUUGCUGAGCAUGGAGAAUUAGCCCUAAUUACAGUAGAUGGUCCCCAAAAUACUGCUUCACAAGAAAGAACAUCAUUAAGACCCCCAAUGUUACAGGUGGUUAGAUUAGCUUCUUUCCAGCAUGCUCCUUCUGUUCCUCCUUUCUUGUCAUUGCCAAAACAAUCCAAAGUUGAUGGGGAUGAUUCAUUUAUGCCAAAAGAGAUGGAAGAAAGAAAAUAUAAUGAGAUAGCUGUUGGUGGUGGAGGAGUGUCAGUGGCAGUUACUCGUUUUCCAAAUGAGCAGAAACGACCAGUUGGACCUCUAAUUAUUGUUGGUGUCAGAGAUGGAGUCCUCUGGCUCAUUGAUAGGUACAUGUGUGCUCAUGCCUUGUCCCUUAGCCAUCCUGGUAUUCGUUGUCGGUGUCUUGCUGCUUAUGGAGAUGCUGUUAGUGCAGUGAAAUGGGCAAUUAGACUUGGCAGAGAACAUCAUGAUGAUUUAGCGCAAUUUAUGCUUGGAAUGGGCUAUGCCACUGAAGCACUUCAUUUACCUGGCAUAUCCAAGAGGUUGGAGUUUGAUCUAGCCAUGAAGAGUAAUGAUUUGAAAAGAGCUCUGCAGUGCCUUCUUAUGAUGAGCAAUAGCAGGGAUAUAGGACAAGAUGGUACCGGGCUUGAUUUGAAUGACAUUCUAAAUUUAACAGCUAAAAAGGAAAAUAUGGUUGAAGCUGUUCAAGGAAUAGUAAAGUAUGCAAAGGAAUUUUUGGAUAUCAUUGAUGCUGCUGAUGCCACUGCUCAAGCUGAUAUUGCUCGGGAAGCUCUUAAAAGGUUAGCUACUGCAGGUUCAGUGAAAGGGGCUUUGGAGGGUAAUGAGUUAAGAGGACUUGCUCUACGCCUUGCAAACCAUGGAGAGUUAACACGUCUGAGUGGUCUGGUAAACAAUUUGAUCUCUCUUGGGUUGGGACGUGAAGCAGCAUUUGCUGCUGCUGUAUUGGGAGACAAUGCCCUUAUGGAGAAGGCAUGGCAGGAUACAGGGAUGCUUGCAGAGGCAGUGCUACAUGCUCAUGCUCAUGGACGGCCAACUUUGAAGAACUUGGUUGAGGCUUGGAACAAAAUGUUACAAAAAGAGGUUGAGAACACUCCAUCAGCUAAGACAGAUGCUACAGCUGCAUUUCUGGCUUCUCUUGAGGAACCUAAGUUUACCAGUUUAUCAGAAGCAGGAAAGAAACCGGCAAUUGAAAUACUUCCUCCCGGGAUGUCUGCUCUCUCUGCUUCAAUCACAAUUCAGAAAAAGAAUGCUCCUGCCACCCUGAAUUCACAGCAGUCACAGCAGCAACCAAACAAACCUUUGGCGUUAGAAGCACCACCAUCUACUGAACCGGCAGCAACAACUCCAUCAACUGAGCAAGUACCAUCAGCACCACCAUCGAGUGCUCCACCCUCAUCUGAAGCAAGUGAACCUGCUUCAGAUGAUAAAGCACCUAAUUCAUCAGAGAAAAAUCCAGAUAAGGCUGAUCUGGAAGGAAGUAAGCCUGAAACAACUGCAAGCAACACUGAAGCUCCAGACACUACACAACCAGAUGCAGUUCCACCAGCGGUGUCACCUGAGACUGAGGCACCACAAAAUGAUAACGAGGAAACCAAUACCACCAAUAAUGUUGCUAAAAAUGACCUACUUAUUUGAGUCAACAGAGACAAGCAGAAACAGUGAUCAUUUCUGCUUCCAGUAAUUUUAAUCCACUGCCUAUGUCACACAAAGGAGGCUCGGCAAUCUCAUUAUCAUUAUACCCAAGUGACGUCCAGGUAAGGGUUUUCCGUUAGUGGAAGAAGUCUAUUCUAUAUCGUGUGGAAGUUACCAUAUUUUUCAGCGGUAGUGCUUGUUCAAUGGAUCUGUGAGUAACGUUUAAGAAUUGGUCUCUGCAUGGAUUUCCUUGCUUUCUUGCCGACGAUUCGUAGUACUUGUAUUUGUAUAUUUUCGGUGGCAACUGGUGCGGAGCUAGUUGGUGAGUUGUGAACUAAAGAAACUGAAGCUGUUAUUUUUGAAAGCGAAGACUCUUCACGUAGACCCGUGCUGUAAUGUAUAUCUGUUUUGAAAUGAAUUUGAUUCUUUUCCUUGUGACUUGGUUACCAUCUUUCGAUUCUUUGCUAUGUUUUCUUAAAAAUAUCAAGUUAUAGUUAAUUACUUAAAUAUUUCGGUGGUCAUUUUCUUUUGCUGAAAAUAAAAGAUUUUGAGUUCG